AUGCGCGAGCCAGAAUACUACGACGACCGACCGUCGCCCCGCUUUCAACGCUUCCUCGAUGGCUUCAAGAGAGAUACUAGCCUUUCGUUCUUCCCGAGCGACCACCUCGGUCAGGUCAACAGCCAUGCUAGCCAACGUCGAUAUGGGAAUCAUUACUACGACUUGCGCCUGGCGGCGCUCGAGUCCGCAAAUACCGGAUUGGCGAGGAAGCUCAAAGGGAGACAUUUGCAGAUGAUUGCCAUAGGAGGCUCCAUAGCCGCGUCUCUGACAAUCAGUUACUGGGGCGAGACGCUACCAAAGGCCGUUUUCGUCAGCAUAUUUCUUGUUAUAAUCCUAAUGAUUAACCUCUUUGGCGUCAAGGGCUACGGUGAAGCCGAGUUUACCUUCUCUAUCAUCAAGGUUAUUGCCGUCAUCGGUUUCAUUCUUCUCGGCAUUGUCCUCAACUGCGGCGGAACACCAGACAGAGGCUACAUUGGCGGCGAGUUCUGGCAAAACCCAGGCGCCUUCAACAACGGCUUCAAGGGUCUCUGCAGCGUCUUCGUCACCGCAGCAUUCGCCUUUACGGGCACCGAACUCGUGGGUCUCGCAGCCGCCGAGACAGCCAACCCGCGCAAAUCCCUCCCAACGGCGAUCAAACAGGUCUUUUGGCGAAUAACACUCUUCUACAUCGUGGCCCUGACGCUCGUCGGCCUCCUGGUCCCCUACAACGACCCCCGCCUCAUAGGCGGCGACAGCAAGGCCGACGCCAAGGCAUCCCCCUUUGUCAUCGCCAUCGAAGAAGCCGGCAUCGAAGUCCUGCCCUCGGUCAUGAACGCUGUCAUCCUCGUCGCCGUCCUGUCCGUCGGCAACUCUGCCGUCUUUGGCUCCUCGCGAACCCUCGCGGCCCUCGCCAACCUCCGACAGGCCCCCGCUAUCCUCGGCUACGUCGAUAGACGCGGCCGGCCCCUCGUCGCCAUCCUCCUCGCCGCCCUCCUCGGCCUCCUUGCCUUCCUAGCCGACCUCAGGGAACAGUCCAGAGUGUUCGACUGGCUCCUCGCCAUCUCCGGCCUCUCCACCGUCUUCACAUGGACGUCCAUUUGCUUCUGCCACAUCCGCUUCCGCCGCGCCUGGACCUCCCGCGGCCGCCACCUCAGCGAAAUGGCGUACAACUCCCAAGUCGGCGUCGUCGGCUCCUACGUCGGCUUCAGCCUCAAUGUCCUCGUCCUCAUUGCCCAGUUCUGGGUCGGCGCCUUCCCCAUCGGAUGGCAGGCCAUGACCGCCGGCGAGGUCGCUCAAAACUUCUUCCUCAAGUUCAUGGGCGUGCCCAUCGUCUUGCUCUUCUACAUCCUCCACAAGCUGUACUUCCGAACCAGCUUUGUCAGGGUUCGCGACAUGGAUAUUGACACCGGCAGGAGAGAUUUCAAUCUACCCAUUUUGAUUGCUCAGGAGCAAGAGGAGAGGGCUUCGUGGCCCACAUGGAAGAAGUUUUACAAGUUCAUGUGUUGA